CUCAGACCACAGUAUCUUAAAAAUUAAACAAACAGGUGUAAUUAUUGUAUAUAUUUACAGUUGAUAUAUAAUUUAACGAAUACGAAAAUUGAGUACAAAUAUCAAUGAAUAUUAUUUAUAGUUAACAUCCAAAUUUGGAUGAAAAUGAUUUAUUUAAUAACAAAAUAAUAAAAUGUGAUGAUAAGUUAUGGUCAAAUGAAUUAAGUAAUGAAGUACCCAAGAAGUUUGCCUUGGAUUUCAAUAUUAAUAAAGAGACAAUAUAGCUCUAAAUCAUUCAAGAAUCAUUAUGACAGUUUAAAAAUUACUCCAAAAGCUACUCAAAACGAAGUUAAGUCUGCAUAUUUUCAACUUUCAAAACUUUAUCAUCCUGACAAGAACGACAGUGAUGAUGCAAAAGAAAAAUUCCGUAAUAUAUCAGAAGCUUAUGAAGUAUUAGGAAAUCAUGAGAAAAGGAAACAAUAUGACAGACAUCUACAUAUAACAACUCCUACAUCAAAAACAGUAUCAGACUAUCCUAUUUUUCGUGAUCUUUCUCGCAAUAUGAGUUCUGAGGAAUUAAAAAAAGAAGCUGAACGUGUAAAAACAGAAUUUUCACGUCAUGGUGGUGGGUUUGCUACAUAUGAUAUGGAAACUUGGACGAAAGAACACUACGGUAGAAUAUUUCAAGAGACGAUGGAAAAAAAAUAUCGACAAGAAGCUCGUAAGAAAGCGAAAGAAAAAGCUAUAAAAGAUGCUAAGGAUUUACAAAACGCUGAAUUUCUACAUUUUAUAGUUAUGGUGAUCCUUAUAAUCGGUUUUGCAAUUCUUCACUUUUAUUUCAUGCGCCCAAGUGAAAUUCCUCAUGUAAAAAAUUUUGAUAAAACCAAAAAUGAAAAAUAAUGUGUACAGUAGAAAUUGAUGGAAUUCAAAGUAUUUACUGGCUGGAUCAGUAAUAUUUUACCUCAUAGAAACUAAAUAGUGAAAUUGAUAUAUAAAUUUUACAAAAAUAAAUGAAAUUUAAACUAUAUCAAUAUUAUUUAUGUAAAUAGUACGGAAAUGUAAUA